AUGUCCUCAGCGUCGAGGCCGGCGAGGACAUCCACUAUCCCCAUUCCAACCGUUCCCGCCAACGUCCGCAACAUCGAGAACGUCAUCUCAAUACCACCUUCGUCGUCGUCCUUCACACGAAAUCGUAUCGCCUCCUCGUCAUCUGUAGCCUCCCCCGGCUCACCCUCUGUCCCCCGUUCAGUACCGAGGUCUGCCUCUUUGUCCAGGUCAUCGUUUCGCCAGAACUUUGAGCCUCGAGUCAUUCGCGCAGGGCCACCAGCUCAGGACCUGUCAUGUCCUCCAGUCUCCCCAACCAACAACCGUCGUGCGAGCUUCACAGGCUAUUCAGGCCCAAGUGCACCCGCAAGGCAAAGAGUGCCAACCACCCUGACUGCACCACCCCUACAACUCUCACUUUCCUCAGAGGCCUUUAUUCGCCCCGCCUAUCUUGAUCAUUCUGCGUUCAGGGAUGCUUUAGUGCCUGAGGCCCCGCCUCCACUCGUCCCACUCCGAAAGAACGAUGGUACUACUUCUGGAACAAGCCGCCCUUAUCCCUCUUCUGAUAGUGAUGAAGAGAGUAUCUCGAGUCCGCCUCCUCGCUCCAAUCCGUCUUCCAGCUCCGUACCCCCUUCCCAAGCUCCCAAGUAUAAACUACCAACCAGAUGGAGUGUCGAAGAAAGGCACCAAUUUCUUUCAGUCUCCUCUGACGGACGUGACAUCGUUUACAAUGGCUCUUCUACCAACGGAGACAAGGACGGCGCAGCCGCAAGGGCAAAUUACCCCAUCCCCCCUGUUUGUGGCAUCUACUACUACGAGGUAGAAAUCCGCGGAAAAGAACAAAAGAGGUUUUCUGGACCUAAUGUCAAACUCUCUCGCCUACCCGGCUGGGAGAACAACUCAUGGGGUUAUCACGUACGUGUUCUCAGUGGCUCCACGUCACAAUGGGAAUUAAUCUACUCCCAAGGUGGCGAUAAGAUAGGGUGUGGAAUCGACUUCUCGACCCGACGUGCGUUCUAUACCAAGAAUGGCCAAUUCCUCGGCAAUGUCUUCGAAAAUGUCGGCAAAGGAAUCGACUUGUAUCCAGCCAUAGGUCUUCAACACGCUCAAGAAAGCAUUCGCGUCAACUUCGGUCACGAACCAUUCGUCUUUGACAUCGACAACCACGUCCAGCAGCAAAAAGCUGUCGUGUGGAACAAGAUCAUGUCUACGCCGGUACAUCGCACACCCAGUCUUACCGUGCCUGGAGCAGGGCCUUCGUCCUCUAAAACACCCCUUUCCGAAGAAGAUACGAAGGCGACACUGAACAACCUUGUCAUGUCGUACCUAGUCCACCAUGGCUAUGCCAAAACCGUUCGCGCAUUCCAGACACAACAACAGGGUGCAUCGGGUCGCAAGUCGCUCAUGAUUGAGGACAAAGAUGUCGUGAUGGAGGGAACCUCGCCGGUCAAACCCACAUUCGCCAUAACCAACCUCGAGGACGACAUCGAACGACGGAAGCGGAUUGUUAACGCUGUUGCAACCGGUGACAUUGACACUGCGCUGAAAGAAACACAGGAACAUCAUCCAGCUGUAUUCGAGGCCGAAGCUGGGUUAAUGCUGUUCAAGCUGCGGUGUAGGAAGUUCGUUGAGCUCGUUCUUGCCACGACGGAGAUGAAGAAAGAGAUGAACCAAGCCGAAACGAGGAAUGUUCCUGGUCCCUCGGUCGCUGGAUCGUCGGCAGCGCGGACGUCGUCGAUAGUCGAAGGAGACUGGUUGGAAGAUGAUAUGGGAAUGGACGUUGACGAUGAUGCUACGGGAUACUUGGGACCUUCGACCAGCACCGCUAGUAACGGACACUUAAACCCCGUUCCUGAAGGGUCAACGUCGGGUUCUAUACCCUCGGUGGCCCAAUACGAAGCUGCUAUUAGUGCAGCGAUUGAGUAUGGACAGGCCAUAUCAGACGACUACAAAGGCGACCCGCGGCCGGAAGUUCAGUCUUUAUUCAAGAAGACGUUUGGAAUCCUCGCUUGGGAUAGACCGCUGGAAGCCGGGAGAGAUGUCGCUGCAUUUGUGAGCAAGGAAGCGAGAGUCGCUUUAGCGAAUGAAUUGAACCAAGCCAUAUUGAAAUCACAAGGGCGACCAGCAAAACCGGCUCUCGAGACGGUGUACCGCCAAGCAGCAGCUUGCGUACGGCAACUUGGAAUUUUUGGUGAAGGCUCGGCAGCAUUCGCUGAUUUGAAGCAAGAAUUAUUGGAUGCCUAA